UUUGAUAACAUAUUCUACACAGUUAUGGAUGUGAAUGGCAAAUCAAAGGACAAUAUCAAGGCAAGACAAGAUUUGAAAGUCUAUUGCAAUCGUCCCGAGUUAGAAUUGUUGUAUAAUAAUGGUAAAGUGUACAAACCUAAAGCCACUUAUUCUUUGAAUAAAGAACAGAAACGGUCAAUUUGUCAAUGGCUUAAGGAUUUGAGGUUGCCUGACGGUUAUGCUUCGAACAUUGCUCAGUCUGUUAGUGUGAAUGAUUGUAAAUUUUAUGGAUUAAAAAGCCAUGAUUGCCACAUAUUGAUGCAAAGACUGAUACCAAUUGCAUUUCGUGACAUAUUGCCUAAAGCAGUUUGGGAUGCUUUGACUGAGUUGAGUCAUUUUUUUAGAGACAUAACUGCAACCACACUCACAGAAGAAAAUUUGAAUAUCUUAGAAAAAAAUAUUGUUGAGAGCAUUUGCAAGAUGGAGAAGAUAUUCCCACCCGGUUUCUUUGACUCAAUGGAGCAUUUACCUAUUCACUUGGCAUACGAGGCAAAAGUAGGUGGACCUGUGCAAUAUCGUUGGAUGUAUCCCUUUGAACGAUACCUCUUUGACUUGAAGAAAAAAGUCAAAAAUAAAGCUUCUGUUGAGGGUUCAAUUGUUGAGGCAUAUCUUAUUGAGGAAAUUUCAUCUUUUUGCUCACAUUACUUUGAGCCAUCUAUCUCGACAAGACUAAAUAGAGUCCCAAGAAAUGAUGAUGGUGGACAUGUAGAACCUAUGGGACGCCUUUCGAUUUUCACUCAUGCAGGUCGACCUUUUGGGCAGUUGGAACAUGGCAGAAUGUUGUCAAAUGAAGAGUACUGUGCAGCACAUUUAUAUGUGUUAUUGAAUUGUCCUGAAAUUGAUCCGUUUAUUGAGUAAGUGAUUUAAAUUAAGUAUUAACAUUUUAAUCAUAUAAAAUAAAAUAUGUUACAAAAAAAUUAAUUUUUUUGU